AUGUCGUCUCGUGUGGGAUUCCGCUUCCUCAACAACGCUCGCUUUACCUUUCGCAAUGCCUCCGGGCCAUUCCGCCGGCCGGGCGGCACGGGCUUCCGCUUCCAGAGCUCCGACGCUGCGGCAGAGCAGCAGAGCACUUUCCAGCGUCUCUGGAAUAGCCCUGUGGGUGUGAAGACGGUGCAUUUCUGGGCCCCUGUUAUGAAGUGGGCGCUGGUCAUCGCCGGUAUCUCCGACUUCAGCCGUCCCCCCGAGAAGCUCUCCCUGACCCAGAACGCCGCUCUCAUGGCCACGGGGGCCAUCUGGACCAGAUGGUGCCUUAUUAUCAAGCCCCGUAACGUCCUGCUGGCCGCUGUCAACUUCUUCCUCGGAUGCGUGGGUGUCGUGCAAGUGGGCCGUAUUUAUGCGUGGGAGCGUAGCCAGAAAGGCUCUGAUGCCGCUGCUAUCAAGGAGAUCGCGCACGAAGCCGAGGCUUCGACUAAGGAGGUUGUUGAGAAGGCGGAGGCUGCUGUGAAGAAGUCAUAA